UCUAUUGCAUGUUCCUUUAAAUGCUAAUGAGCUCUGCUCACCCUGCCUCUGCUCACUCUUCUGUGGGGUGACAAGCUGGUUUGUUUACUUUAGCCACAUUUAGCCGCAAAACUUGCUAACUAGCACAUUAUUUAGGCGAUUUGCAAAGAUGCAUAAAAACCCUUAUACUCACUUCUGCUGUAGAUGAAGCUGCAUCACGAAUGAUUCGCGCGAACAUAGACACAUUUAUGUAGAUGGCCGGGCGCAUUUCUUUCUAAAAUGAAAGUAACAUUAAUCCUCUGCGUCUUCAUCGGCUCAGAUGUCGGGAGUAAAUGAUGACUACUAUGAUCAUUAUUACAUCCAACAACAGAACACCUCAAUUGCUCAGUCAGAGACAUUCUUGUGUUCCCCUGCACCGGAGUCGACACAAUGGUGGUCAGAGUUGAACUGUUCACAGCUCAGUCAGGGCAGGUCUAAGGUAAGACGGUCAUGUCAAUCAACUAUCGUGGGAGCGGGAGCAUUGGGGUCUUAAGUAAUAAACAUAGUGACAGAAGUCAUCUGGUUUCUGUUGACAGGACAGUGGAAAAAUCUGUCUUUAUUGGCAAUGAGGAAAUGCAAGACCUGGAAUCAAUGAAACAUCUAGAGCCUAAUCUGCACAGGAACUUGAACUGGCAGAGGAAAACAACUGGCAGCCAAUACCUAAUUACAAUACUACAAAAUGAAUGUUGACAGUUGAAAUGAUAAAACUAAUCAGGUGUUGGAAACCAACAUGCAAAACCAUUGCUACGUUUUUGGACCGACAUAUGGAACUUCCAAGUGUGACAACUUGCCCCAGUCUCUCCAGUGUAUAAAAUACAUGAACUGAUCUUCAUGAGCCCACAUUAUCGCACUGUCGUAUGAAGACUCUGCCUGAGAAGCCUCCUACCCCUUUCGAUGAGGACAUCUCAUCACGCUAACAGCUGAAGCAGUGAGGUGAAGGAGCAGAAGUCUGUUUCACAGACAAGUCACACGCUGAAGUGAAGCGGUGACGCGCGACCGUGCGCUCGGUCACUUCGCUCUCCAUGCGCGCAGAGGCAGCAGCGCGUCCGCGGAAGCGCACAGGACACACGCGUAACUGAUGGAGCAGAUAGACGACGAGCUGCUCAGCAACCACGACGGAAUAAAGAGCGAGUGCGACGAGACCACCAUGAGCCUGGAGGAACCGCGCGCUCUGCCAUGCUGAGCAUCUCCGUCGCGCUCCUGCUGGCUCUGACCGCUCCCGCCCGCUGCUCCCACGGCUGGAGCGACGAGGACCUCCUGCUGCCGCCCAUCAACUCCUCCGGCAGAUUCCUGGCCAGCCUGGAGGUGGAUGUGGGCUACUCGAAGAGAUCCGUGGAGGAGCCCGAAGCCUCCUCGCAGUGCAACGUGAGCGUGGAGAGACUCCCCACCAAACUCGUGGCGCGCUGGGACAGCAACUUCGGCUUCCAGUGCGACGUGCUCAUGUACACCACCAACAACCACGGCAAGGCGUUCUUCUCCGCCGCCUUCAACCGGGCGAUCUCGCCGGUCUACAUCGAGCACCUGGGCGUCACGGGCGGCCAGCAGGAGUUCAGACUGUGCGUCGGGUGCGGUCUGUCCCGGUACAGGAGAUUCCGACGGGGCAGGUCAGAGGGGCAGCAGACGGGCGACUCGGUGCAUUUCUGCUGCGUGGAUUUCGCUCUGGACGAGCUGAAGGGGGACCGGAGCUGGAGGCUCAACCGCAAGCCCAUCGAAUCCACUCUGGUGGCGUGUUUCAUGACUUUAGUCAUCAUAAUAUGGAGCGUCGCUGCCCUCAUAUGGCCAGUUCCCAUUAUCGCGGGAUUUCUGCCCAAUGGAAUGGAGCAGAGAAGGCAGAGGUAAUAGAAUAGCCCAGUAUUCAAAUUAGCAUCUAUAAUAUAGGAAUCCCCUGCCAAACACCAUUUAUGCUUCGUGGCAAACAUGUGGCUUAAACAGUACUACUCUCGUGUUUGAACCUGCUAGCUACAUCUCCUGACGAACUGAGAUAUUUUAUUAGAUUUCAUUUGUUUUUAUAAAUUGAUUGUAAUAGAGAAAAACAUUAUAUGUGAUAUUCAGAUCUCAUUUCAAAUGUUUGUAAUGUUUUUAUCUUACGAUUUCUAGUGUUUAUAGCCUUCGAAUAAAACACGGAGUAUGUCUCCGGACAAAAAUCUCUUUUACGAUGUGCGUAAAGACAUUUUGAGACUAGCUGGUUGGUAAACACAUGCAGAUAUAUUCCAAUGAUUUCCGAAUGUUUGAGGACUGAUUUCUUGUGUUUGUAUUUGUUUGUAUAAAUAAUAAGAAAACGUGAUUAGACAUUUCUUUAAUGUGAAGAACUCAAUUAUAGCUUGACUAAGUGACAGGCAAUCCAUUUGUAAAAAGUGAACAAAUUUGUAUACGGUUUAUACUUUAUAGCUCUGUUAUAAUUGUUAUUUGUAGUAUCAAUAAAUGCAUAAAAUAUU